AGGCCACGCCCCCUUCCUCUCUCCAGCAGAAGAGGGCCGCCUUGCAUUCAAAACGUGCUCCAGCUGGAAGCCCUCCCAGUCUAUCCCAGGCUGGAAGAGAGGCACCUGCAUGCAGUUCUCCUACCUGAAGCCAACUCCGCAGCGCCUCUUGGGUGUCCGGUCCUGGAUUGAUGUGCCUUUGAGAGCCUUCAUGGAUCUUAAGGUCCUGGUUUCUUCCCUCAAUGGGUUUGCUCCACUGUCGCUGGCUGAGAGUUGGGACAAUGUGGGGCUCCUGGUUGAACCAAGCCCUCCCCAUACCGUCAGCACCCUCUUUUUGACCAACGACUUGACCGAGGAAGUGAUGGAGGAGGCCCUCCAGAAGAAAGCCAAUCUUAUUCUGUCUUACCACCCACCCAUUUUUCAGCCACUCAAACGCCUAACGUGGAAAACGUGGAAAGAGCGUCUCAUUAUCCAAGCCCUGGAAAACAGAGUUGCCAUUUAUUCUCCCCAUACAGCCUACGAUGCUGUGCCCCAUGGAGUCAACAACUGGCUUGCCAAAGGACUUGGUCCCUGCACCUCUGUUCCCUUACAACCCGCUUCAGCUUUGGAGUACCCCUCAGAAGGGUCUCACCGGGUUGAAUUUAAUGCUUGUUCUUCUGAAAGCUUAAAAAAAGUUUUGUCCAGCAUGCGUGAGCUGCCAGGAGUAUCGUUCAUCACAACACUCCCUAUCAGGGCCGAAGGGGAUGAACAGACACGGGUUAGUUUGAAUUGUACCCAGCAGGCCUUGGUGCAAGUGAUGACUUUACUUUCCCAGAACAGCCAUAUUUAUCGUAAGACGGAAAUCAUAUCAUUACAGAAGCCUUUGCUUGCAGAUACAGGAAUGGGACGUUUAUGCACGCUGAAGGAACCCGUCUCAAUAUCCAUCUUGGUGGAGCGAGUGAAAAGCCAUUUAAGACUGCCUCAUGUUCGCCUCGCUCUUGGAACAGGAAAAUCAUUGGAGUCCCAGGUGAAAGUGGUUGCUCUGUGUGCCGGUUCAGGAGCCAGUGUUUUGCGAGGUACUGAAAGUGAUCUCUAUCUCACAGGAGAGAUGUCACACCAUGAUGUAUUGGAUGCGGUUUCCAAAGGAAUAACUGUGAUUCUGUGUGAGCACAGCAACACCGAACGAGGCUUUCUGUUGGAGCUGCAACAAGCCCUGGCUCUGCACCUUGAGAACAAGAUCCAUAUCAUCAUUUCCGAGAGAGACAGAGACCCCCUUAAAGUGGCAUAGAAGAAAGCAAGGCUAAGGUGUGAGGCCUGGAGUUUCUGUUCUUUUUCUUCUGGGUUUGCAAGUAAAAACUCACACAAUGGCAAGAAGGACAUCCUAGAAGUAUAUUGUCAGAUUUUGAAGAGUUGAUUACUAUCACCCUGCCUGGAAAUGAAUAAAUGGCCAAUUGAUAAA